CAUCGUUGAAAAAGAAAGGGCACUUCCGCUCCUAGGAAACUAAUGUAAACAAUUUCAGAAUGCGAAACAUGCAUUUAACGAGCUGAAUUUUAUCAGUUCCAUUUGUCUUUUUGUGGGCCCUUACCCUUGUAGCCAUUUAAAGAAACGAAAUGGAAAAACACCUCACGCAGGAUUUUGUGGAAAGAAAGAUCCAUUCCUUGACAAUAUUACCUGUUGAUUGGGGCCUCGAAACAAGAGGGACUUACUAUGAGUUAGAUUUAAAGAUGUGUCAACUGCGACACUUAGAAUACAGUUUCCAGUGGGGAGAUGAAAGUGACCCUCCUUCAAGGAUAACCUCUGCAAUUGACACUCCUUCUCGAAUUCUAAAGAUGGAUAUAUCAUUGAAUGAACUUUCCUCUCUUGAGCAUGAAGCUUUUAUACCAUUACAGAACCUAAGGGAUUUGAAUGCAUCACUCAACAAAAUAACCAAAUUCAUUGGGAUAGAGGUAUUAAAGAAACUUUAUUCUUUGAAUCUAUCCCACAAUUCCAUAUCUCGUAUUGAAAAUCUUGUGCGAAGCACAUCAUUAGUCGAGUUAAACUUGAGCAUGAAUGAACUUGAGGACAUAUCCUACAUGCCAAGCAUGAUGAACCUCCAAGUCUUAAACCUGAAUAACAACAAGAUCAAAUCUCUUGAUGGAAUUCAAGCAUUACCCCAGCUGAGGGAACUGUAUGCACAAAGAAAUGAUGUGAUAGAGGCGAUUCCCCUGACUAGCUGUUUCCACCUUCAGAUAGUCAAUUUAUCUAAUAACAAAAUCCAGUCCCUCCACAGUACUGUGGGUGUCCUUGGGCAACUGAAGAGGUUGGAUGUUCUCUCUCUACAUGGUAACCCAAUUGAGAGAGACAGAUCAUAUCAAACCAAUAUUUUGAAAGAAACAAAUGUCAAGACUUUGGACAACAUUUCAGUCCGCCCAUUACCCAAGCCUACAGUCAGUGUUGAACAUGACCCUGGUGCUAGUCGACACAUUCAGAACAUCAACGCCCUCAAAGAUGCAGCAAGACAGGCAUUUGAAGAGCGUAUGAAGGAAUCAAGAGCUAAGAUGGAGGAAAAUAUCAACUUCAUGCAAAGGAGAAUACUGAGUUUACAAAAUGAAUACAAUGAUUAUGAGGAGAAAUUAAAGAAUGAUUUGGAUGCUUGUUUGAGAUAUUUAGACAAUUUAUCUGCCACCGAGUCAGCAGGGGUCCAAAGAGAUCAUGUCAGGGACAGCAUAGGAACCCCCCACCCCAAAGUCUGGCAGGGGAGGAAAUCUCGUCAUCAUGAUCACCAAGUGAAAACUGAUUACUCCAGUAUAAGGGACACUGAACGAUUGCUUCAGUUUGCUUCAAAAGAACUUUCACGAGAGGGCACAUGACCAAGAUUGGUUUGAAUUUUCACAUGACUUAAAGAGAAGUCACAUGAUCACAGAGAAGAGACACAUGAUCACAUCAAACACUGCUAAACGAAAGCACAUGUCUUCCGUAUCACAUAACUACUUUAUGUUUCAACUGGGCAUAUUAUACUGUAAUAUUUGACAAACAUCAUAUAUACCAACCAAGUCCACGUAAAGACAUUGACUUACUUAUUCUCCUCCCUGCAUUCCGUUUAUGGAUGGUCUUAAAUUCAGAGGAUGUUAUAUUUAGCGGGAUGAUAAAUGCUUUGUAAUACCCUCAAAGAGCUAAGGGGUAAAUGUGCUGAAAUGUUUAAAUAUCAUACAAAGUUCCUGUAAUCAUAUUGUAUGCAAUCUGCUUUGAAUCAUAAUUCUUCCAUCAAAAGUGAUUAGUUGGAAUGAUAGAUGUAAUCAAGACGAAAUACUGGCUUGUAGUUAGAACAAAAGGAAAAGAACUCGUUAUGUUAGAGCAUAUAAAAAAUAAAGAAUGUUUUGACAUU